AUGAAUCCCAUCAAUAUCAUCUUCGAUGCAAAGAGAUUGAUUAGACGUAGAUUCAUUGGUUCUUCUGUUCAGAGUGAUAUGAAACUAUGUCCAUUCAAGGUCAUUGCUGGACCUGGUGACAAACCAAUGAUUGUUGUUACUUACAAGGGUGAAGAGAAACAAUUUACUGUUGAGGAGAUCUCUUCAAUGGUACUCAUAAAGAUACGUGAAAUUGCUAAGGCUUACCUUGGGUCUACAGUUAAGAAUGUUGUGGUUACCGUCCCUGCAUACUUCACUGACUCUCAGCGUCAGACAACAAAGGAUACUGGUGUCAUUAUUGCUCGUAAUGUCAUGCGUAUCAUCAAUGAACCCACAGCUGCGGCUAUUGCUUAUGGUCUUGACAAGAAGGCUACCAGUGUCGGUAAAAAGAAUGUAUUAAUCUUUGAUCUUGGUGGUGGUAUUUUUUAUGUCUCUCUUCUAACCAUUGAAGAGGGUAUCUUUGAAGUGAAAGCCACUGCUGGGGACACUCACCUUGGAGGUGAAGAUCUUGAUAACAUAAUGGUGAAUACUUUGUUCAGGAGUUUAAGAGAAAGAACAAGAAGGAGUUACCAUUGCUCGGGUCAAGUGUCCAAGGGAACAAAUAUCAAGGAACCUUGUAUAGAGAUGAAGAAGAAACAAAUGAAGCAUUUGAAGUUUUUCAAUAGGAGAUUGGAGUUCAAGGAUGUUCAAGGUCAGAAGAGCAUAAGAAGAAGUAGAGGGAAUGGUGGUAACAUGGAGAGGAACUGUAUACAUUGGAUUAAUUGGCCUUUGUUUUGCCUUGUAAAGGACAAUGGAAGCUUGGGUAUUCCAGAACUUGCUUUACUGAACCAAGCUUUGUUGUCCUCGUCCUCAUCGGGGUGGUCUCCGCCACUAGAUGGCUCCUUGAAGUUGAAUGUGGACGGAGCUGUUGGUAGGGACUGGACUUUGGCAGAUCUAAAAACGAUUAGAACUGGUCUCUCUUUAUUUUCCUCUUUGAAUUUGGGAAAUAAUGAUUCGUUGAUUCUGGAAAGUGAUUGCAGUAGGACUGUUGAGUGGAUUGAGAAUCCUAUCGGUUGUCCAAUGGUCUUUGAAACUCUUGUGAAGAAGAUUGUGGUUAUUACUAGAAAAGACAAGAGUAAUAUUCGUCUUAUUCCUAUAAGCGCAAAUAAGGAGCUGGAUAAGUUGGCUAAAGAGGGAAUUGGAUAA